AUGGGAUUCAAGCCUUCGUCAGCGGAUUCAUGUCUUUAUAUAAAAAAGAAGGGCAAUACGUUUACCUUCAUCCUGAUAUACGUCGACGACAUGCUUAUAGUAAGUCAGACUGAGGAGGAGUACAACACAGUAUACCAAGCACUGCAACAAGCCUUUACCGUAACUGCAGUUGGUGACGCAAAGCAUUUCCUGGGUAUCGAGAUCGAGAGGGAUGGCAACGGUUUUCAGCUGAACCAGAAACAGUACAUUCUGAAGCAUGCGGGACGAUUUGGUCUGGAAAACGCUAAGCCAUCAAGAAUACCGUUGGACCCUGCGUACCUACAGCAGAAGGAGGAGAACGAGACACAUUUGCCAAACAAUGCUCGGUAUCUGAGUCUCAUCGGCGGUCUGCUGUACAUUGCAGUUCAAACCCGGCCGGACAUAGCAGCAAGCGUAUCAAUCUUGGCCCAAAAUUCAAGCUGCCCAACACAGCUGGACUCGCAAGAAGCCAAGAGGGUACUAACACAUACAUAA